AUGGCCCCUCCGAGCGGCUCGGCGGCAUACAAGACCCAGGAUGGCUCCAAGAAAGACGGCACCCUGACCAUGUCGCAGGAUGGACAGUCGGUGUCCUGGAUUCCCGCGGCGGGGGGCGCCUCUCAGGCUGUCACCCUUCCUGUUUCUCAAAUUACCAAUCUCCAGCAAACCCCAGCCAGCAGCCAAAAGGUCAUGCUGAAAAUCCACGCCCUCGACCCGAAUAACCCCUCCGGAAAGGCCCUCCCACACAUCUUCUCCUUCACCUCCAAGACCAACCCCCGCGCCGAAGCAGAUGCCAUCAAGGACGCCCUCAGCGCCGCUAUCCAGGCCGCCAAGGCGCAGGGCACGCCCACCCCGACGCCGACGCCCGCGCCCACCCCCGGCGGCGACAGCAUGUCGGCCGCGAUGGCCAUCGCCAGCGCCGUCUCGUCCAGCGCGACAGCCAAGAACCCCUGGGACGACGACAAACGUCUCCAAUCGGACGUGGAGCUGCAGCAGUCGCUGCUCAAGUCGGACCCCACGCUGCAGCGCAUGUUCAUGGAGUCGCUGGGCACACGGCCCGAGACGCUGACGGCGGGCCAGUUCGUGACGCAGUUCUGGUCAACGCGGCUGCAUCUGCUGCGGGCGCACGCGAUCGAGCGGUCGCAGACGCGCGGCUCGUACAACGUGCUGUCGACGCUGAAGCCGCGCGUCGAGGACAACGUCACCAAGCUCAACAUCAGCAAGGAGCAGAUCCAGCUGAUCUUCAACCAGCACCCGCUCGUCAAGCGCGUUUACGACGAGAACGUGCCCAAGCUGAGCGAGCAGCAGUUCUGGUCGCGCUUCUUCCAGAGCCGCCUGUUCAAGAAGCUGCGCGGCGAGCGCAUCUCCGAGACUGACGCUACGGAUGCCAUCCUCGACAAGUACCUGACCGCCGAUGAGUCGGGCGUCGUCGAGCGCGACGCCCACGUGCCGCACUUCCUAGAUCUCGCCGGCAACGAGCUCAACAACAGCCAGCGCCGCGGUAACCGCCCGGACGUCGACAUGCGCUGGUCCAACAACGAAAAGGUCCCCAUCAUCCGCACGCUGAACCGGCUGAGCGAGAAGAUCAUGGCGAACGUCGCCCCGGCCGACGGCGACCCGCACGCCCCCAUCGGCAUGGACGAGGAGACGUACGACGAGCUGCAGCUGCGCGAUCUUCGCGGCGACGACCAGCAGCAGCGCAUCCUCCUGAACAUCCGCGACCAGAGCAGAUUCUUCUCCUCCCAGGCCAAGGUGUCCGACGACGAACAGAAUAAGCUGUUCGCGCAGCAGGACCCGGACCAGAUCCUGCGGGAUCUUCGGGCGGAAAUUGACCGCGACCUCCCGGGCGGGGGAACAGCACCGCUCGGCCGACUGGUCGAGCCGGACGAGGACAGCGACGACGACACAAAGAGCGGGCAGCUGGUCGGCUCGCGGACGAACCUGCACCGCGCCGCGACGCAGAUCCUCGACGCCAUCCGCGAGCGCCAGGCGCAGACGGAAGUGACCGCCGCGUCGAACACGUACGGCCUGUCGAGCAGCCUGUACGACCGGCUGACGCUGACGCACGCGACGACGACCGAGUUCCUACACCAGUUCUGGCAGGCGUUCCUGUCCGGGAACCCGGACCGCGCGGGCGAGGUGGCCUCGCUGGUGGAGUCGUUGCAGCGGGCGAUGGAGCGGAUCAAGGCCGUGGCGCAGGAUGCCGAAGCCGAUCGCCAAGUGGAAGUCAACCAGCGGAAGCAGAAGGCCCGAGCGUUCCAAGAGGCCACUGGACAGAAACGACGGAUCAACGUGGAGGGUGUGCCGGGAGGUGAGAAGGUGGUUCAUCAGCUCUUGGGGCCGACGAUUCGGGCGCUGGAGACGGCGCUGGGGAAGUACCAGGCGGCGCUGGCCGAAGAGAUGCAGAAGCAGCAAUGA